AUGGCGAUGCACCUGCGAGACCUGGCUUGUCCCUUCAUCAUGUGUCAUGUUGUUUCUGGCAGAAACGCUUCUUUCUGGCAUGAUAAUUGGACUCAUGAUGGAUCAAUAUGCUCAACAAGGGGACCGACUGGCUCUAUGGUCUCGGGCAUUCCCAUCGAUGCAUCUCUAUCUUCCAUUUUAUCAAAUGGCGGAUGGAAUAUUUCUUCAAGGAGCAUGCACCCAAUACUUCGUUACAUUCGUUCGGUGCUUCCUACUCGAGUGCCGGAUGUUGAUUCUAUUGAUGAAGACUAUUUUCUGUGGCGAAAUUCUAUAGCUGACCAGCCUUCGGAAUUCUUCGUUUCAAGGCUCUUCAAAACACUAUAUCCUGACCCUCCUUUAGCACAAUGGCACAAGGUGGUCUGGUUUAAAAAGCGGAUUCCAAGACAUGCUUUCAUAACUUGGCUUGUCUUGAGAGAAAGAAUGGUGACUCGUGACAGGUUAAUCUCUUGGGGUAUGGAUGUAUCACCAGCGUGCUUGCUGUGUGGCAGUGAUGAUGAGACAACACCUCACAUUUUCUUUGAAUGCGACUACUCUCGCAUUGUUUGGAAUGGAUUAUUAGCGAGAUCAAGACUCCAACCACCUUAUGCACUUCAUGCCAUUGUUGAUUGGCUCUCUUCUACCCAUCUUACAUGA